UUGUCUAAUGGCAAUACUUUAUAUAAUACCCAUUUGUCGUCAUCAAACGAAAAUGGCGGAAAGUGAGUUGAACGUUGACAGUAUUAUUUCAAGGUUAUUAGAAGUUAGAGGAUGUAGGCCUGGUAAAACUGUUCAACUCACUGAAGCUGAGGUUCGUGGAUUAUGUUUGAAAUCAAGAGAGAUAUUUCUUAGUCAGCCAAUCCUACUUGAACUCGAAGCUCCUCUUAAAAUUUGUGGUGAUAUUCAUGGACAGUAUACAGAUCUUUUGAGGCUUUUUGAAUAUGGAGGUUUUCCACCUGAAGCAAAUUACUUAUUUUUAGGAGAUUAUGUUGACCGAGGAAAGCAAUCUCUUGAAACCAUAUGCUUACUUUUAGCAUAUAAAAUAAAAUAUCCAGAAAACUUCUUUCUUCUAAGAGGGAACCACGAAUGUGCCAGCAUUAAUCGAAUAUAUGGUUUUUAUGAUGAAUGUAAAAGGCGCUACAAUAUUAAAUUAUGGAAAACGUUUACAGAUUGCUUCAAUUGUUUACCUAUUGCUGCUAUUAUUGAUGAAAAAAUAUUUUGCUGUCAUGGAGGUUUGUCCCCUGAUUUACAAUCAAUGGAACAAAUUAGGAGAAUAAUGAGACCUACUGAUGUUCCUGAUACGGGCUUAUUAUGUGAUUUACUGUGGUCUGAUCCUGACAAAGAUGUACAAGGUUGGGGUGAGAAUGAUCGUGGGGUUUCAUUUACGUUUGGUGCUGAUGUCGUUAGCAAAUUUCUUAACCGACAUGACUUAGAUCUUAUUUGUAGGGCUCAUCAGGUUGUUGAAGAUGGCUAUGAGUUUUUUGCAAAACGACAAUUAGUAACUUUGUUUUCGGCACCUAAUUAUUGUGGUGAAUUUGAUAAUGCUGGUGGUAUGAUGUCUGUAGAUGAAACAUUGAUGUGUUCAUUUCAGAUUCUUAAGCCUUCUGAGAAAAAAGCCAAAUAUCAAUACGGGGGGUUGAACUCGGGGAGACCUGUUACACCGCCACGAGGACCUGUAAAAAAGAAAUAGUUAAUAUUUCUGUGUACAUUGUUAUUCUCAUGUUUCUGAUAUUUCUAUAAUUUGAAAGCAAAGCUCUUGACAUAUAUUGCUUUAUUAUAGCUUUAUUGUGUUGUCUCACUGAAUAUUUUCUCAUAAAGCUAUUUCAUGUAAAGCCUGUUUAUAUAAAUAUUAUAUUUAAAAAGAUUGAAGUGCACAUUUUUUUGUUAGGAAAUAUAUAUAUUUCUUAACAAGUUGGGUUCCAGCUAAGUAGCUGGAUGUAAUUUUAGUUGUAAUUACAUUUAUAAUUUGUAAGGAUAGAAUUCUUUGAGACCUCUUAAAAUAUUUUAUAAUGUAUUGAUUGCAUUUAUAAGAUAGUUUGCUUCGGUGACUCCUAAUAUUUAUUUAGAUAACAUUAUGCAACAAGACAUAAUUACCCAUGAGCUUGAAUAUAAUCUUGAUUUAAAAUAGCAAAUAGGAAUGUAUAUCAAUUUGCCAAGAUGUAAUUUGAUUUAUUUGUGCUGUGUAUGAUGAGAUGGAAAAAUCUUAUGUUUUUUCUCAAACUAUUCAUUCUGUAAAUUUUUUUUCAUUUGUACUGAACUUUUUCAUCAUUUUAAAUGUGUAUAUUUUUAUUUCAUAGUUUUGUAAUUAAAACUUAUGUGUAUGAUUCAGUUGUAAAAUAAAUUUCUUUCCUCUUCUACUUGAGAAACUGGUAAAAGCGAUAAGGUAAAAAUUAUGUGUCCCUCUUCUGAGAGGAAUCCUGCCAUGUAUAUUGUUCAACUGCUGAUUGCUAUAGAAUUAUCAGUUUCUUAAGUACUCAUUUUCUCAUACUGGUCCAAUAGUAUGUUUGUGUAGAAUGCUGACAUUUUUACCUGAGAACUUUUGCAAUAUUUUGACAUUUCAAAACAAAUUGAAAAAAUUUCUUUUAAAAACUGGUUUAUUUUUUAAAACUUGAUGUUCUUUCAUGUAGAAUCUGGGAAGAAACAAAAUGUGUAGAUACCUUUUUCUGAACAAGUAUUCAAUAAACAAGUGUAG